GGUGUUAACCUCGGCCACAGAGAUCAGAUACAUGUGAAUUCAGACUCUCAUCGAAGUUGGCUCCACAAUUAGUCCCGAUGUUUCCGAGCCCGUUUAUGGCGCGUUUUGGGAAUGUGUAAAUGUUUUCUCUAUCCCGGAGAAACUACCGAAGGAUAACUGCGUGGUUUAUUAAACUAUUUCAAGGCCAUGGGGAACUCGUACGCUGGGCAGCUGCGUACCACUCGCUUUGAGGAGGUGCUGCACAGCUCCAUCGAGGCGUCGCUGCGCUCCAACACCGUCGUGCCGCGGCCCGUCUUCUCCCAGCUGUACCUGGAGGCGGAGCAACACCCUGCCUCACAGAACGCAGGUCGGGUAGAACAUGAUGACGAUGAGGAGGAGGACGGAUCGGAGUCCAACAGCCCCCCCAUCCCAUACCAGAUGAAGCCCCCACCUGAAGGAAGCUGCACGACAGAUGGGUUCUGUCAGGCAGGCAAAGACCUGAGGCUGGGCUCCAUGGCAACAGACUCUCUGGAGGUUCCCUCCGGAUUCCUGCUGGUGGGCGCCAAGUCUCCCAGCGUUCCCGAUCACAUCCUGGUGUGCACCGUGGACCGGAGGUUCCUCCCGGACGAGCGUGGACGCAAUGCACUUUUAGGUGAGGUUCCAGGUGCCACAGAGUGUUCUAGAAGUGUGAUAGAAUCUUUCGCCUACUUUAAAGUCUAACUGCACCUGUUAAUGUGCUUUUUUGAGCUGGAAACUGAAUUAUACGACAAUUCUGUCAUGGUGUUAAGAUUGACAAAAUUAGUGUUUUUAUAAAAAAUCUGCAUUUUAUGGAUUGAAAAUGGCUCAACACGCCUGAACCUUGCUAGGCCGAUGCUGAUGUAGAGUCAACUGUUUGGUACAUAUCUACGUCAUCAAAUUGGUGUCCCACCUUCCCCAACCUCUGCCCAACUGUUUGGUACAUAUCUACAUCAUCUGUGUGUGUCGUUUGGUAAUUUGCUGAUCGGGACUCAUCAUUCACAUGAUUUUCUGUUUCUGAUUGACAAUCUUAAUAGGCACAAGUAUGAACAAGAUGGCUGGCGGUGGGGUUAGUCAGGGUUCAGUGUUUGAAAGGAACUGGGUCAGGUUAUCCUGACCGCUCUUCGCUGUGGCAGGAGUUUUUAGAUUUUUCAAUUUGAGUUUCCGUCCCCGAGUGUGUGUGUGUGUGU